GCACGGCCCUUAAGUUCCGGCUAUGGCGCGCGGACGGAAGGUUUAAGCGGACGGACAGAGGCUGGAGAUGGGCUCCGGGUAAGUCAGGGAAUGUGCCUGUUGAGGGCUGUGUUUCGAUGGCGGUUGGGGUUACAGGGGAAGGAGUGGAAGGAACAACACAGGGCGGGCGGCGGACCUUCUCUGAGGCCCGCGUAGGGUGGCGGUCUCAGGGGCGCUGGCUCCAGGGCCUGCGACAGGCCUGCCCUCUGUGUGGCCCGGGUCUUGUAAGCAGCAGGAUUCCGCGCUUGGGGCCGUGUUUCUUCCUCCCCUGAGAGUCUUCCGUCCCUGGACCCUGAGACUUCCGUCCCCUCUUUCCCCGAGAGUUCCAUACAACAAAUGUUUUGGGCUCGUUUUAAAGUUUUGUGGCUAAGCCCAGACUGCUUGAGUGAAACAGCCUUCAGGGACGUUCCAUUCUUUCGUUUAUCCCAGUGCUUACAACCCAAAAACAAAAUUGGAUUGCCACAAGUCGGCCACGGCUGAGGAAGUGCACUCGGGCCCUGACACAAAUGCAUCAGUCAGGAGAAAGAGCCAGCUUCUCAGGUGUCUUCAGAGAAGGCCAGACUGACAGCUGCGGUCACCCAUUGCAGUGCUAGCAGCAAUUUCAUGGACUGGAAGUGCUUGUUGGUACUUGAUCCAGAAAACUGUUUCUCAAUCUCUUAAGAGCAUUUCUCUGGUUGUAGCUGGCUGUGUGCUGAGAGGGAGUGCUAGAAUUGUCCAUCAUGCCCACUGUGGUGGUAAUGGAUGUGUCCCUGUCCAUGACCCGACCUGUGUCUGUCGAGGGCUCUGAGGAAUACCAGCGGAAGCACCUGGCUGCCCAUGGCCUGACGAUGCUAUUUGAACACAUGGCCACAAAUUACAAGCUUGAAUUCACAGCGCUGGUGGUGUUUUCGUCACUGUGGGAGCUGAUGGUCCCCUUUACGAGAGACUACAACACCCUGCAGGAAGCACUGAGUAACAUGGAUGAUUAUGACAAAACCUGCUUGGAGUCUGCAUUAGUCGGCGUUUGCAAUAUUGUCCAGCAAGAAUGGGGUGGAGCGAUUCCUUGCCAGGUUGUUCUGGUGACUGAUGGCUGUCUUGGUAUUGGCAGGGGGUCACUGCGACACUCCCUAGCUACUCAGAAUCAAAGAAGUGAGAGCAACAGGUUUCCACUCCCCUUCCCUUUCCCAUCUAAGUUAUAUGUCAUGUGCAUGGCGAACUUGGAGGAGCUUCAGAGCACCGAUUCCUUGGAAUGCCUUGAACGACUCAUAGACUUAAAUAAUGGUGAAGGGCAAAUUUUUACUAUUGAUGGCCCCCUGUGUUUGAAAAAUGUGCAAUCUAUGUUUGGAAAGCUGAUAGAUCUGGCGUACACACCUUUCCAUGCUGUUCUCAAGUGUGGCCACCUAACGGCUGAUGUACAAGUCUUCCCCAGGCCAGAGCCCUUUGUUAUAGAUGAAGAAAUUGACCCCAUCCCUAAAGUCAUUAACACAGACUUGGAAAUAGUGGGCUUUAUUGACAUAGCUGAUAUUUCCAGCCCCCCAGUUUUGUCCAGGCAUUUGGUCUUGCCCAUAGCACUUAACAAAGAAGGUGACGAGGUGGGUGCUGGCAUCACUGAUGACAAUGAAGAUGAGAAUUCAGCCAAUCAGAUUGCUGGCAAAAUACCCAACUUCUGUGUCCUGCUCCACGGCAGCCUGAAGGUGGAAGGAAUGGUGGCACUUGUCCAACUAGGGCCUGAAUGGCAUGGAAUGCUCUACUCCCAAGCAGACAGCAAGAAGAAAUCAAACCUCAUGAUGUCUCUCUUCGAGCCUGGCCCAGAACCUCUCCCGUGGCUUGGGAAAAUGGCCCAGUUGGGGCCCAUCUCAGAUGCUAAAGAAAAUCCUUAUGGGGAGGAUGACAACAAGAGCCCAUUCCCCCUGCAGCCCAAAAACAAACGAAGUUAUGCCCAGAAUGUGACUGUCUGGAUCAAACCAAGUGGCCUGCAGACAGAUGUACAGAAGAUCUUAAGAAAUGCAAGGAAGCUCCCUGAAAAAACACAGACAUUCUAUAAGGAGCUGAACAGGUUACGAAAAGCUGCCUUAGCCUUUGGUUUCCUGGACCUGCUUAAAGGGGUGGCCGACAUGCUGGAGAGGGAGUGUACCCUGCUGCCGGACACAGCCCACCCAGACGCCGCAUUCCAGCUCACCCACGCUGCCCAGCAGCUCAAGCUGGCCAGCACUGAGUAUGCCAUAUAUGACCACAACAUCACACCCCUGCACACAGACUUCUCAGGGAGCAGCACUGAAAGAAUGUGAUGCUGAGCUCUGGAGCGUUCCUUCACGUUCACUUUGUCUGAAGGCAAUUUAGAGUUAAAACCUUCUCCAGCUCUAUCAGAAACAGCAUUUGCCCGUCUGAAUGUUUCUACUGCAGUCUGAGAAAGGUCUGAAGGCUGGUUGUCUGGGGCUCAGUCUCUAGGUCCAGAAACAGCCUUUGUUCCAUGAUAGGCACAGCUCCUGAGAAGCUUGGACAGAUGAGGAGCGAGCGCAGGAAGAAGCCUAGGCAGCCAGGGCCGUCUAGCAUCCAGAAAGCGACUCUUCAUGUCUCAAUUACAAGGACAUUCUUAAACUUCUGUGCUUGGAAGAAGCAAUCCAGAUGUCUAGAACUUGCCUAAGUACAAACCCGAUGCCAUUGAGUUUCAAUUUUUUUCUUAGAACUUGUUAAAAUACAAGUGGCAAUGCUCAGGUGCUUCUGGUGUAUCCCAAGGUACACAUUUUUAGACUGUAACCACAAUAUGUGUAAAAUCACUCCUGUUCAUGUUUUUAAAUGAAAAUUAAAUAUUUGAUUUUCUAUAGUGAUUGCACUUAGAAACAAAUGGUGUUUUGAUCUAUCUUAUCCCUUGAAUAUAAUACAGCUUCCAAAAUGUCAGACUCCUAAGAAGCAAUGUCUCUCGGGUCCUGUGUAACUUCCUAGUUUCUGACAGUGAUCAAGCUUUGUACCUCAGCAAGGUUCUGGCCAGUGGUUCUGAGAGCACUGAUGGGAGAGUCAGGCCUCCCAGGCUGUGCCUGCACAGUGCUCACCCAGUGCUUCGUGACUGCCUUCAGUACUCCCUUAGGCUCCUGCCAGAGUCACUGUGCCUGAACAAAGCACUUUACCCAUUUAAAACUCAUGAGAUUAAAUGAUGUUUAAGCACAA